AUGAAGCUCCAUCUUGCCUUAGUUUUCAUUUUCUCCAUUCAUCUUUUAAGCUCAUGGGUUGUAUCAACUUCGCCCAAUUUCAAUGUUCUUGAUUAUGGAGCCAUUGGAAAUGGCCAAACUGAUGAUUCACAAGCAUUUUUGAGAGCUUGGRAGGAUGCAUGUGGAGCAACGGAAGGAAUUCCAGCCUUACAUGCACCAGUUGGAAAAAUUUAUAUGUUGAAUCCUCUCAAAUUUCAGGGUCCUUGCAAGUCCAAACAAGUCAUUUUCCAUCUUGGAGGAACGGUAGUGGCUCCAACAAAGGAUUCAUGGCCAAGUGACGAUAGAGAUAGAUGGAUCCAAUUUUCAGAUAUAGACGGUCUCAUGGUCAAUGGAUCAGGACAAUUUGAUGGCCAAGGUUCUUCUUGGUGGAAAGAUUGYGAUAAACAUUGCACACGMCCAACUGCAUUAUUUUUACACAAUUGCAAUGGCCUCCAACUUAGAGAAAUGAAGCACAUUAAUAGUGGCAGAAACCAUAUCUCCAUAAAUGCUUGUAAUGAUGCCAUUAUCUCGGACCUUCACAUUAUGGCUCCAGAAGAUAGCCCUAACACAGAUGGAAUUGACAUUUCUGGAUCAAAUAAUGUUCUUAUCCAAAAUUCUUUUAUGGGAACUGGUGACGAUUGUAUUGCUCUUAACAACGGAUCUACCAAUAUCAACAUUGUAGGCGUAACAUGUGGCCCCGGCCAUGGAAUAAGCAUUGGGAGCUUAGGAGAAAAUGGACAAUAUAAUGUAGUUGAAGACAUCCACGUAAAAAAUUGUCUCUUAAAGGGCACUCAAAAUGGAGUGAGAAUCAAGACUUGGCAGAAUGGGUACGGAUAUGCAAGGGGCAUCACAUUCGAACAAAUAACACUAAUAGAUGUGAAAAACCCGAUCAUUAUUGAUCAGUAUUACAGCGAUCUUGCAAAAGCCCAAAAAAACAGGUUAUUGCCCAUAAAAGUGAGCGAUGUGACGUAUCGUGAAGUUCAUGGAACAUCAGCAAAUGAGAAUGCAAUUAUUUUGAACUGCUCUCGAAGUCGUUGCAGUAAUAUUAUUAUGGAAAAUGUGAGCAUAAAGAACAUAGAUCCUGRAAAAGAAGCAAAAAYUCUUUGUCAAAAUGUUGAUGGAAGAUCUACCUCAGCAAUCCCAAGUGUGCCUUGUUUAUCAAAGCAGAACUGA